CAAAAUUAUUAGCUCCAUUCAUACAUCCUUCCAUUCUUCCAUUCAUUCCCACACAUAAUAUUAAAUUCAUAUUUGUCAAAUCUGCACAUUGAAUUUCUUGUGACAGGGCCUGCCCAGAAGAUCUCAAUAUCUGAGGUGGAUCACAGGGGGAGAUCUGUUCGAACAAGUAACCUCGGAACAAAGCUUAUGAAGAAGACCCAGUGAGAGCUUUGCCCUAGGGAUGCCUUAGAAUUGAAAUGAAGGGUCUCUGCUCUGGCAAGAAAUAGGAAUAAGAAGGAGAAAGACGUUUCAAUACUUCCAAUACUUGGAGGAAAAGGAAAAUUGUGCUGUUAAAAAUGGGUUUGGGAAAGAGAGCAGAAGGCUAGGGCAGUACGAAGACCGAGAAGAGGAAAUCCUGUGCUGUCCAGGAGUUCAUACCUGUGAACUUCUGGCAUAAUAUUUGAAUGAUAAAUAAAAAAUAAUGGAAAAUCUUCAUCCCUGCUCCACAUCACAUAUAUGGGAGAAGCUACACAACUGUAUGGACUGUGGGAAAUGUUUCAUGUGGAGAAGUUCUCUUACUAAGCAUCAACAAAUUCACACAGGAGAGAAGCCACAUCAAUGCAUGGAAUGUGGAAAGAGUUUCGCUCAGAGUGGACAGCUACGUUCUCAUCAAAAGACCCACACAGGGGAGAAGCCGUAUCAAUGCAUGGAAUGUGGAAAAAGCUUCAGAUGGAGUGGAUACCUGAAUUCCCAUCAAAGAACCCACACAGGGGAGAAGCCAUAUGAGUGCAUGGAAUGUGGAAAGAGCUUCAGUUGGAGUGGACAUCUGCGUUCCCAUCAAAGGACCCACACAGGGGAGAAGCCAUUUCAAUGCAUGGAGUGUGGAAAGAGCUUCAGUUGGAGUGGACAGCUGCGUUCCCAUCAAAGGACCCAUACAGGGGAGAAGCCACAUCAGUGCAUGGAAUGUGGAAAGAGCUUCAGUCAGAGUACAAAUCUGCGUUCCCAUCAAAGGACCCACACCGGGGAGAAGCCAUAUCAAUGCAUGGAAUGUGGAAAGAGCUUCAGUCAGAGUGGAAAGCUGCAUUCCCAUCAAAGGACCCACACAGGAGAGAAGCCAUAUCAAUGCAUGGAAUGUGGAAAGAGUUUCAGUUUGAGUGGACAUCUCAGUUCCCACCACAGGACCCACACAGAAGAGAAGCCACAUCAAUGCAUAGAAUGCGGAAAGUGCUUCAGCCGUAGUGGAAAUCUGCGUUCCCAUCAAAGGACGCACACAGGGGAAAAGCCGUAUCAAUGCAUGGAAUGUGGGAAAAGCUUCAGUCACAGUGGACAGUUGCGUUCCCAUCAGAGGACCCACACAGGGGAGAAGCCAUAUCAGUGUAUGGAAUGUGGAAAGAGCUUCAUUCAGAGUGGAGAGCUCCGUUCCCACCAAAGGACCCACACAGAGGAGAAGCCAUAUAAAUGCAUGGAAUGUGGAAAGAGCUUCAGUCGGAGUACACAUCUGCGUUCCCAUCAAAAAACCCACACAGGGGAGAAGCCAUAUCAAUGCAUGGAGUGUGGAAAAAGCUUCAGUCGGAGUGAAGAGCUUCGUUCCCAUCGAAGGACCCACACAGGGGAGAAACCAUAUCAAUGCAUGGAAUGUGGAAAGGACUUCAGUUGGAGUGGACAGCUCCGUUCCCAUCAAAGGAUUCACACAGGAGAGAAGCUGUAUCAAUGCAUAGAAUGUGGAAAGAGCUUCAGUCUGAGUGGACACCUGCGUUCCCAUCAAAGGACUCACACAGGAGAGAAGCCGUAUCAAUGCAUAGAAUGUGGAAAGAGCUUCAGUUGGAGUGGACACCUGCGUUCCCAUCAAAAGACCCACACAGGAGAGAAGCCACAUCAGUGCAUGGAAUGUGGAAAGAGCUUCAGUCGGAGUGAAAAUCUGCGUUCCCAUCAAAGGACCCACACAGGGGAGAAACCAUAUCAAUGCAUGGAAUGUGGAAAGAGCUUCAGUUGGAGUGGACAGCUACGUUCCCAUCAAAGGACCCACACUGGGGAGACGCCACAUCAAUGCAUGGAAUAUGGAAAGAGCUUCAGUCGGAAUGACUGUCUGCAUUCCCAUGAAGGGACCCACACACGGCUGGAGGAAGAGGCCUCCCUUUGAGAUGACUUGUUCUGCUAUUUAGAAAAUCCCCCAGACAAGAGUCCCAUCCCUCCACAGGCAGGCAAAGAAGGGGAGAAUGGAAGCAAUGAGGAGGGUUGCCACGCUUUCUCUAUCAUGGACAGCGGUCUGUGUGGCCUGGCUUCAUUGCUGUCGGGGGCAGGUCCCACGCAGAAGAGGACUCCUCUUAGUAUCGCGGCUAUGUUGAAGGGGUUAACCUGAUCUUAUCCUCAACGAAAGCACCACAGACUUCUGGGGUGAUCUGUGAAAGCUUUUUGAAAUGAGAGCAGCUGAGAUCUUAUAAUGAAAGAGUUCUGGAAAAGACUAGGUCGUUGGGAGCAGAUAAUGGCAUACCUUCGUACUGUUGUCCUGGAUCUUGGCUCUGUAUGUUCUCUUCAUCAUGGGAAGUCUGUGUAUCAAGGGGGUCCAUUAUUCAUGGGGGUUGCAGUCAGCUGUGGGAGGUGAAUGGUGUGAAGGUACUGCAUGUCCCAUUUCCCGUGGCCCAUCCUCCCCCAAACCACACCAGGAUGUAUAGUGGAUCACGGGGGGUCUGUGUGUCAAAUUUGAUGCAGGUCCUUAAUUCAUGAGGGUUGGAGUGGUCUCUAGAACUGAGUGAAGGUACUGCAAAUCCCAUAAUCCAUGGCAAGUAUGGUUCAGAUCCGUUGAUGGUUGUGUUCACAAUGCUCUCUGGAUGUAGGUGAACUCCUCUAAAUCCUCUUGUUCACUUGCUGAUCAAUUCCUGUCCGCUGCGUGUCAUAGGAAUGGGUAAGAAAGGGUGAAGUGAGAGGCAGUAGAUAGGCUCAUGUAAAUUUGGAGUGAGAAAGGAACCCUGGGAUGUCUCUUCUGGAGGAAAAAAACAGAACAUCUAGGAUGAAAUAGUCACCAAAUGAAAGCGUUCCUUGGGUGUUUGGUGUUUGGGGAGGACAUUGCCAGGGGUUGGUCUACAUGUUCACGGCGCUCACUAUAACCUGCAGUGUCAGUGGAGGGAGUGCCUUUGGAGGCCUCUCAGCACUUGGAACUAUAGCCUGCUUGUGGAGGUGGGAGGCUGUCUGUGUAAGUGGGCUCCUCCGCCACAUACGCACAUAUUUUUAUUAUGUGGAUAGAUAGAUAUCUGUGGAAUGAUGUCCAGGGUGGGAGAAAGAACUCUUGUCUGUUGGAGGCAAGUGUGAAUGUUGCCAUUGGCCACCUUGAUUAGCAUUGAAUAGGCUUGCAGCUUCAAAGCCUGGCUGGUUGCUGCCUGUGGAAUCCUUUGUUGGGAGGUGUUAGCUGGCCCUGAUUGUUUCCUAUCUGGAAUUCCCUGUCUUCUGAGUGUUGCUAUUUACUGUCUUCAUUCUGGUGUUUUUAACAGCGGUAGCCAGAUUGCGUUCGUUUUCAUGGUUUCCUCCUUCUGUUGAAAUUGUCCACCUGCUUCUUGUCUGACAUGGUGGUUGUGAGAGUGGUCCAGCAUUUCUGUGGAUUCCCCCAAAUCACAUGCUGUGUCCAGGUUGGUUAUUCAAGAAGUUGGGCUGUUUUGCACUGUACUUAGUAUGUUUGAAGCUGUUCUGGGUCCUUUGGGGGGAGAAAAGUGGGAUAGAAAGAUGUUAUUCUUGUUCUUGUUGGAGAGACCGUCCUUUCGGAGCCAUCAGGGAACGUUCUUAAAAAUGGGCGAUAAGAGUAUUGUCCACCUGAGCGAUUAUGGUUAAGUUAGAAGAGCUUUUGACCCCAAGACACGUAGAUGGGAAAUAGAUUCAAUGUAAAUACAAAGAGAGAGAGAGCAUGGCAAUUAAAAAACAAUAUAAACACUUGUCUACUAACAACCUAAAUGAAUAUUGUAGAACUUUCUUGGAAGCUAUUAAUAAUAAAUAAUUUAAGAAAAGAUUUAAUGUGAAACAUUAUCUGCUAUGAAAAAUUCAGUUGAAAUUCCGUUGAAGAAGAACUGGGAAAGAAUAGAUGGAGACCAGGAGACAAGGUGAGAAGGCAGGAGAAGAUACAACCAACCCAUGGAUUUGAAAUUUAAAAAAGUUAGAAUCCUCAAUAUAUUAUGAAAUAUGUGUUAUAGCACAGUAAACCCUACGUUAUAUUUCUA